CCGUCCCGUGCCUGCCUGCUGACCGGGGCUCUGAGCAUGCGGCGGCCCCGGCUCCGCCCCGGCCGGGACAGCGCUGAGGCCGCCCGGGCGUCAUGGAGCGGCUCGGGGAGCAGCUCGGGGAGCGCUCGGCGGCCCGGCUGGACACCAUCCUGCGGCACCUCUCCCCGCGGCUGGCAGCGGCCCCGGCUCCUAUAAGCAUUCCUACUUCAGCGCAAGUCAGUGUUGCUCCUCAUUCAGGGAGGUUUAGCUACACCCUGGACAAUGAUGUGCUGAGCACGGAGCAGAGGCAGUUCUAUGAGGACAAUGGGUACCUGCUCAUCAGGAACCUCGUGUCUGACCAGGACAUCGAGCGCUUCAGGAAGGAGUUCACCAGGAUCUGCAAAAGAGAGGUGAAGCCACCAGGAGUUAUGAUUAUGAAGGAUGAGUCGCGGAAAUCCCAGUUUGGUCAGUCUGAAAGCGUGGUUAAUAAAGUGCAGGACUUCCAGGAAGAUGAAGAGCUGUUCAGAUACUGCACUCUGCCUGAGAUCCUCAAAUAUGUUGAGUGCUUCACAGGGCCAAACAUCAUGGCAAUGCACACCAUGCUGAUAAAUAAACUUCCAGAUUCUGACCAGCAGACCUUCCUGCACCCCAUGCAUCAGGACCUGCACUAUUUCCCCUUCCGGCCCGCGUCCCGCAUCGUGUGCGCCUGGACCGCCAUGGAGAGGGCUCACCAGGACAAUGGCUGCCUGCACGUGCAGCCAGGGACACACAGGACAGCCCUGAAGCCUCAUGGUUAUCCACAGUGGGAGGGUAAAACCAACAAACUUUUCCAUGGGCUGCUUGAUGAGGAUGAGAAGAUUCCCAAGGUUCACCUUGUCAUGGAGAAGGGAGACACAGUGUUCUUCCAUCCCCUGCUCAUUCAUGGCUCUGGGAUAAACAGGACAUCAGGUUUUCGAAAGAGCAUCAGCUGCCACUUUGCCAGCUCUGAGUGUCACUACAUUGAUGUCAAGAACACAACUCAGGAGCACCUGGAGAAGGAGCUGCAGGAAAUGGUUUGCAAGAAAUACAAUGCAACUUCAGUGGAGCUCAAGGAUAUUUGGAACUUCCGAGCACGGCUUGUGCAAGGGGAAAGAAUCAACCUUUAGAAGAGCAGGAUGGAAAACGUGGACUUGAGAAUGAGCUUCUCUGAGGGAAGAGCACAGGAUUCUGGACAGGCAGAAUUACCUUUGCUGACCUCUGUAAUGGUAACUUAGUAAAGGUAAAUGCUGCACUGCAAAAUCGAUCUAUGCUAAUUCAGAAUAAU